AUGACUACACCAGAAGGUAUGUUAAAAAACAAAGAAGAACGGAGUGGUUUGCGAAUAACUAACUAACAAAAAUUACGAUUACAGUCAAUACAGUGCCGCAUGUCAGACGCCAGACGAAUACACCGCGGAACAGGUUUGCCUGGGUGAGAAGAUUGAUGCAGGGUCAGAAUAGAGGAACAUCUUCCACGACACCAAGUUCCAUUCCUCAGCCGAAUAAGAAUAGAUCACGACCUAGAACUAGUCAUUCAGAGUCCAAUACACUGCGAGUUAGAGUACCACGAAAUAGACAACACACUGCUGAUGUUUUAGCUUCACCGGUAGCACAACCACCAGCACCAGUGCCACCACAACGACCACCGCUACAGCCAGAGGAGGAGGAUGAAGAGGAUUUUGCCGAAACCAAUGCCGACGAAGGUGAUUUGACGCUUCGGUUUCAAGAAAAUGAUAUUAUUCACCACAUUUCAAAUGAGCCAUUGCAACAAGAUUAUUAUUCCAUGAGUGAUCAAAACACAAAUUUCAGUGAAGACAAUGUGAGCACCAUCCCACUUAAAUCAAUCAUGUCCUUCCAAUCAACCACAAAGGACCCCUCGAUUUUGAGCGCCAAUGAUUUACACAACGACCAAGCAUCUAGUUUGAAUGCCGCAGCAUCAACAGCGCAAACGUCGCUUGCGCCAAGCUUACCUGGGUCCAUGAACUAUGCGCAUGGGAACCACCAAUACCACCAACACCAACACCACCACAAUCAUCAUCCGCAGCACCACCAACAAGCCCAACCGAUUAUACUCUCAAACACGCCAUCUCAAGCUACAUCUUCACCCAACACUCCAACUUCCACGUCAAGCACGACAACACCUACUUCGACACCGACUCCAACACCGACUUCCACUCCAAACCCGUUGCAGCAGGAACACCCACACCAUCAUCAACAUCAACAUCAACAUAAUCAUCAAAAUCAACACCACCAAGGGGUGACAAUAAUCUUGGCGGGUGAAAGAGACAACGAGUCUGUUGUGACUCUCGCGUCAUCGUCGAGAAGAAUGAGACGAAGAAGCAUUGAUACUAAUUGCAGCACCGCGGGGAUCCCCCCUGCUUCUAUCAUGGAGAGAGUCCAUAUAAACCCUACAACGGGAGCAAGCAGCAGCAUUACUUAUGCCACAAGUAUCAAGACCUCAAAGACGGACGGGAAUCGGACCAGCUCGCACAUGUCAAAAUACGAAUACGACGAUGACAAUAAUGAUGAAAAUAAUCACGGUGAAGCAGAAGCAGAGGAAGAUGAUGAUGAAGAAGAAGAAGAAGAGGAUAAUAGACAUGAGGCUAGCGAAGCCGGAAGUUAUGCGAAUAAUCACGAAAACCACCAUGCAAGAACGAGAUCCUUCAAGAGCUAUACAAGUUGA